AUGGCCGGCAUGCAGCUGCGGGAUAUUCGCGAAAUGGGCGAGGCUAUGACACGGGCCAGGGAGCUCUGCCUGGAAGCGCAGUAUGACAAGGGCUUGGCGCUCUACCAGACGACGCUGCAGACUCUGAGCCAGUUCAUUCGUCGAAUGACCAAGAUGUCCGAGCGUCAGCCGUGGCUGCAGAUGCAGAUCGAGCUGGAGAACGAGCUGAAUCUGAUCACGGACUACGUCGAGCUCACUCAAGCUUUCAAGGCCCCACCAGGCACAGCCAUGGCGCGAGUUUACCCGAAGGCAGCUCGACAAGAACCGUCACCUUCUCCUCGUUGGGAGAUUUGUGCCCCGCCUGACCCAAGACGACCGGAACCCAGCGUGGAAGAUGGUAGAGACCCUGACGUGUGGGCCCCUCCAUCGCCGGAAAAGGUGCCCAAUCGAUUCCGUGGCGGGCCUGCUCGUGCGGCGCCGUCGUGGGCUAAUGACAACCAUCAUCAAAACAGCAACAACCACCACCACAAUAACCAGCGCAACAAUCGCAUGGCCCGAAAGCCGUCGGCAGGAGCACGAGCGGCUGCAGCUCCCUCGGGGAGACGUACGCCCGGUGAAGAUCAACGACGACAACCACCUCCUCCUCCUCGACGGGGUGGGGCUAAAGGCCCAACUGGCGCAUCUCCGGCCAGGCAAAGCAAAGACGGUGGAUUGAAGGCCGCUCGAAAGGAAAAUGAGCGCGCUCGAGAACACGGCGGAAGCGAAAAGCCGAAGUACUCUGAAAAGGCGAGGGAAGAAGGCUGGGUCGACCUGGAGCUGAUCGAGAUGAUCGAGCGCGACAUCGUGGAUUCGGGGCCAGCAAUCACCUUUGAGCAAAUUGCUGGACUAGAGCACACGAAGGAACUACUGCAGGAAUCUGUGAUGCUGCCACAGAUUGCUCCCCACCUCUUCAAGGACGGCCUUCUCAAGCCGUGCAAUGGUGUUCUAAUGUUCGGCCCACCGGGGACAGGUAAGACGUUGCUAGCAAAAGCUGUGGCGAAUGUGUGCAAGUCCACAUUCUUCAAUGUGUCGGCCUCGACGCUCGCCUCGAAGUAUCGUGGCGAGUCCGAGCGCAUGGUGCGGAUUCUAUUCGACAUGGCGCGCUAUUACUCGCCCUCAAUCAUUUUCAUGGACGAAAUUGACGCCAUCGCCGGUGCACGCGGAGGUACCCAGGAGCACGAGUCGAGUCGCCGGGUGAAAACCGAGUUACUCGUACAGAUUAACGGCGUGUCCUCAGGAGACCCAGCAGACCCAGGCAAUCGCGUGAUGGUGCUAGCGGCUACGAACCUACCCUGGGAAUUGGAUGAAGCCAUGCGUCGUCGACUAACCAAACGAGUGUAUAUCCCGCUACCAGAGGCUGAAGGGCGUCUUCAGCUCUUCAAGCUGAACUUGGAGAAGGUGGACGUGGCAGCCGAUGUGAACUUCGACAAGCUUGUUGCGGCAACUGAGGGCUACAGCGGCGACGACAUCUGUGGACUUUGUGACACUGCCAAGAUGAUGCCGGUAAAGCGACUGUAUACCCCUGAAGUUCUCAAGGAGCUCCACCGAAAGCAGCAGGAGGGCGCGUCUGAUGAGGAGCUGAAAGCUCACGAGAAGAACGCGCUCGAAGUUACUUGGAUCGACUUUCAAACGGCGCUCGAGAACGUGUCCAAGUCAGUAGGUCAAGACCAGUUGGAGCGAUUUGUCAAGUGGGAAGAGGAGUUUGGGUCCAAAUGA